AUGUUUUACUGGAGAAAUGACUUGAGAAUUCAAACAUUAAAUGCAUUGAAUAAUUGUGUAUUUAUAAAUUACAGUGAAAUAAUUUCACUAAUUUCAAAAUAUUCUCAAAAAAAUACAUUUUUAGAAAUAAAAGAAAGGUUAACUCUUCGUUAUAUAAAUAAAACUUUUAAAAAAUUAAAAAGAACUCUUCCUAAUAUUGUAGAAAAUUUAAAUAAGCUCAAUCUAUUUGAUAAAAACGAAUGUUUAAAACAACAAUUAAAUGAAAAAUUAAAAUACCAAAAGAAAUUAGAGCUUGAAAUAGAGAGAUUAAAGAAUUUAAAAAAUAAUUCAUUUGGUGAUGAUAAAAAUAAUCUUGAAAAAAAUUUAAAUAAUAUAAAUGAAGAGUAUAAAAACAUUAGCGCUACAAUUGAAGAAUUAAAUUUAUCUUUAAAUAAUACUCAAUAA